AAUCGUUAUCGCUGUUGCAAUCAAUUGUGCCGUCCCUGCUGCUGUUGAACAUAAACAAUCGUCGAAAGAAAGUCUGCUGCGUACACAGGAAAAAGUUGCAAAGAAUUAAAAGAUUGCCAAGCCGUGCGCAUUUGCAAAAUGGACCUUGAGGAGGAUGGUGCAGCGGAUGCGGCAACAGCCUGUAAGCGACAGAAGCGCAACAACUCUAGCGACGAGAGUUGCAACGAAGAUGACAGCGAAGCAGGAACGUCAACUGCAGCAGCAGGCGCACGCAGAGCAGCAGCAGCUGGCGCAGGCAGAGAAGCAGCAUGUACUUCUAACGACAAUCUUUGUUCCCCUGAAAAUAGAAAGGAGGCAAAGAAGCCCGUAAAUAGUCACAACAACAACAAUAACAACAAACACAGUGGCAAAGGCGAUGAUAUAGACACAGUAAAUGCAGCAACAACAACAACCACAACAACAAAUGCUGCCCAUGAUGAAGACAAUAUAACAAGAUCUCCAAACUCCACCCCCACUUCUUCCUUAAGCGCCAGUCAGUCCGUGGAUGAGCCUGCAACCCAAGUUGAUGAUUUAACAAUUGAUAUACACACAGUUUCCAAUACUCCCAACUCGAGUCCCAUCCCAGAGGAUAGAGUGCCCAACGAAUCCGAACUGGCUGUGGCCUCAAGCAAUGCCCAGGAUGAUGAUGACACUGAGGAUAAUGAACUGGAUGCUCUGUUUCCCAUAUUCAAUCGUCCUCGUAUGCUGCGCACUCGCUCUUAUCGCUCCACACUGUCGAAUUCGGCGUCCAGCAGCACUGAUGCUGCCAGUGAUCAUAAUUCGGAUGCCAACAGUGAUACGAACGAUACAGAAGUCGAUGGCGAUAACGACGCUGAUGGCGAUGGAACGGAUGAAGCAGCCGAGGCGGAUAAUGUCGAGGACUAUGAAUCUCGCUCGCCUUCGGGACCAUUUCCACCAGACGACAGCAGCUCCGGCUCAAGCGAUGUCUUUUGGCAUCGCUAUUACGCCACCAGCAAUGAAGAUCCCGAUUCUGAUGACGAAUAUAACGAGAUCGAGGCGAAUCCUGCUGACAAGGAGCAGGUGGAAAUUGCUGUUAACAAGGUCAUGUGCAAAACAAAGCCGUCCUACACCUGGAACUGUGUCCAGGAGCUUAUGCAACGGGAGCAUAAUCUCUUCAAUAGGAUUGGCUGGCGUGGCGGUCACACUUCUGUCCAGAGCUUUGGCCAGGGAUAUUACGGAUCACGGCAGGUGGUGGAGCGCAUGAAACUAAUGAGCACCAUGAGUCGCCAUCGAGGCUGUGUAAACUGUUUGAAUUUCAAUCGUUCGGGGGAUUUGAUAUGCUCCGGAUCCGAUGAUCUCCUCAUCGUGGUAUGGGACUGGGCAAAUGGCAAGCCAAGGCACAGCUUCAAAUCGGGGCAUACCCUUAACAUAUUCCAAACGAAAUUUAUUGACAGCGCUGGCUGUCUGGACAUUGUGUCCUCCAGUCGCGAUGGCCAUGUGCGACGUGCCGUCAUCCCGCCCUCCGGCAGUAGCAGCUUUAAACCAAUGCGCCUUUACACCCACAGCGAUGCGGUACACAAGGUGGUCGUCGUGCCACAGAGUCGGCAUGAGAUAAUGAGCGCUGGCGAGGAUGCCGCGGUCAAACACUUUGAUCUGCGCAGCAAUGAGGCAACCACAAUGCUGCACUGCGUCGGCGACAAGCGUCGCGUGCGACUCUUCAGCAUUGCCCAUCAUCCGUAUGCGCCGGAGUUCUGCAUCAGCGGCUCGGAUGACAAACUGCGAGUGUACGAUAAACGCAAGCUGAACAAAACCGUGCAUGAAAUGACGCCCAAAGACAUCAAGAAUACCAAGAUAUCGCAGAUCACGUGUGCCGUCUACAAUCACAGUGGCAGCGAGAUUCUUGCUUCCUACAGCGAUGCGGGUAUCUAUCUCUUUGACAGCCGGAACUACAAGGAAGGCGAAUUCCUGCACUCUUAUGAGGGUCAUGUCAAUAGUCGCACCAUUAAAGGUGUCAACUUCUUUGGUCCCCACUCGGAGUACAUUGUCAGUGGCAGCGACUGUGGACACAUCUUUUUCUGGGACAAGAACACCGAGUCUGUGAUUAACUUUAUGAGAGGUGAUCUUGAUGGUGUUGUCAAUUGCUUGGAGCCACAUCCCUGGAUGCCUGUGUUGGCGACAUCUGGACUGGAACAUCAUGUUAAAAUCUGGACACCCACGGGAUUGCCUGAAACUGAUGUGCCGAGCACGGAUGCAUUGAAGGAAACUCUACAGAAAAACUUUAGACGCAGCAUUCUGGAUGAUGCAGACUUUGACAUCAAUCAAAUUCAUUAUUUUAUACGGCAGCUCAUUGAGCCUCGUCGUGGUGGUGGUGGCAAUGCAGCCGCCACUGGGCAGGAGCGAAAUCGCACGAAUUUCAGCCACACCAGCGAUAGCAGCAGCAGCAGCAACAGCAGCUCGAGUCCACAUCGCGUGGCAUCUUCCAGCCAGGAGCAGCAUCAUACCGCUGGCAGCAACGAAAGCAGCUCCGAUGAGGGCAAUGCUGAUCCCCUGGGAUGUCGCACCCAAUGAGUACUGCAUCAUGCAUAACUCGACUCUUUUUCAACUGUAUAUUUUCGUUUGAUUAUGGCCUGGGCUUGAAAAGUCCCCGUAAGCCAUGCAUGUUUCCCCUCCCCCCCAUGCUAUUUUGUUUUAUGUGUUGUUGCGAGCAUCUGAAAGUUUGCAAGCCUUACGUCUUUAAUUCCAAAGCGUUUCCAAAAUCUGUGAAUAUACAACUAAGCGCGCUCAUAUUCUAAUUUUGAAGAAUGCCUAAUAAACACACAUGUAUUAAGAAACAAUU